CCUCAAGUUAGUGUAGCUGUGCCUCUCUUGGCCGCGCAGGCCGUUCUCAGACUCCUCUUUUCAUCUGCAUCAAGUAUUGAUCUGCUGUGGCCAUGAGUUUAUUUAAUUACCACUUCAUUGACCUGUCUACGGGCGAGAAGCAAGUCCGCCGGCAGACUCUCGACAAAUAUGCACUCUACGCCCAGCUGUCCGUUUUGCUUCCGGUUGCUGUCCUCCUGAUAAUCCGUCUAUGGAAGCAGACGUCCAAGGCUGGCGCAUCUAAAGGUCAUUAUGACGCUGUCCCAAGCUCUCCGGUGCUGAAAGAGCGCAGGAACAGCAACGUGGGCACUUGGAGUUCUCGGUCGAGGAGGCUUCAGUGGUGGUUGGGUGAGGAUGUCGUGGUGGCCGGGUGGGUGUUGGGCCAGAGAGAUCAAUGGGUGGUUGGGCUGGUGUGGACCGCUUGGCUUCUGCUGCUCUGUGUAUUAGAAACCGGGGAGGACUACCUGCACCUGACAAAGAGACUCGGCGUCGUUGCCAUCUCGCAAUGGCCGCUUCAGUACCUUCUGGCGCUCAAGUCCCUGAACCCUGUCGCCUACCUCCUCCAAUCCUCUCACGAGCAGGUCAACCGCUGGCACAGGGUUAUGGCACGUAUCACGACCGUCUUACUGUCCCUUCAUGCGACUCUCUACCUCAACUUCUUUGUCCAGAGGGACCGCCUCGACCGACUGGCUGAUCCCAUCGUUCUCUCGGGAGUCGUGGGCUUCGGCGGUCUGCUCUUGAUCGCCUCGACAGCUCUCCGGCCGGUCCGCCGGUAUUCGUACCGGCUGUUCUUCGUCGUCCACCUCGUUGCGGGAAUCACCGUGCCCGUGCUCAUCGUCAUCCAUGCCGCCCCGGCUAGAAUGUUCCUGUUUGAGUCCCUCGGUGUUUUCUUCGUCGACCUGGCUUCGCGGAAGAUGGACACGGUGACAGGGCACGCCACGGUUGAGUCGAUUUCAGGCACAGACCUCGUCAAGAUUUCGGCCAGAAUACCCCACUCCAAGGUCAACCGCUUCCGUACGCGUCCCGGGUCACAUAUCUACCUCAGUAUUCCGCCCGCAGCUCGUAAAUCGAUGAGCGCCGCCUCCAUCUCGCACCUCCUGUUCGAGUUUCUCUUCAACCCCUUUACCGCCGCGGCUGUGGACGAAGAGAGCCCGGAUUUGACCUUGGUUGCCCGGCGCUGCAGUGGCCCCAUGACUGCGGCUCUGAAGCGAUUCUCGGGCCUGGCGAAACCUACCGAUGUCAACAUCACGGACGAGGACAAGAUACCUCUGUCAAUCGAAGGCCCCUACGGAGCGGCCAGCCGCCUCUCUCGGCUACGUACCGACUUUGACCGGAUCCUGCUUGUUGCCGGUGGCGUCGGUGCGACUUUCACUCUACCGCUGUACCGCGCCAUCACCCACGAAAACCCGACAGCGAGGGUGGAGAUGGUGUGGGCUGUUCGAUCGGCUGGUGACGCAACGUGGGCGGUGACCGGGAAAGAGGCCCAGACGCUCCUAAAGGACGAUAAUAUCCAUAUCUUCAUCACGGGCGACGCCUCCGACCCAGAAGGGACAGAGUUCUCGAGGCAGAGAGCGGCCGCUGGCCGCACUGACGGUGGCGCAGACGGUGAGGUCGAGAUGAGCACCAUGCAUAGGGACGCCCGCCGUGAACGGUACACAUCGCAGCACAACCGAAAGCGGCCCAACCUUCAGAAUAUCGUCGACGAUCUGUUUAGGUUUGGCUACGAGGAGAGGGUCGCGGUGCUCGUGUGCGGCCCCAACGAGAUGGCCAAGGAGUUGAGGGCACACCUCGGCGUCUGGGUCAACAGGGGGCGGUCGGUUUGGUAUCACAAGGAGGGCUUUGCGUUUUAG